GGACACAAAAGAAAGAGGCGUUGUUUAUAUUUGGAUGCAUUUAGUUCACUCUUCUACUAUAAUUCAAUGGAUCGCAUAGACGUCUUCUGGCACCAGGGGAUGCUCAAUCAUGACACCGGCAGUGGCGUAUUCGACACCGGAUUAGACCCCGGAUUUCUUGACGUUUUGGAGAAGCAUCCAGAGAACCCUGACAGGAUCAAGAACAUGCUCUCCAUCCUCAAGCGAGGCCCUAUCUCUCCCCACAUCUCUUGGCAUACUGGCAGACCUACUCUCAUCCCCGAAUUGCUUAAAUUUCACACUCACGAAUACAUAAAUGAACUCAUUGAGGCAGAUAGAAAUGGAGGGAAGAUGCUUUGUGCUGGGACUUUCUUGAAACCCGGAUCCUGGGAUGCUGCAGUUCUAGCUGCUGGUACUACAAUAUCGGCCAUGAAGUACAUACUUGACGGGCAUGGUAAAAUUGCUUAUGCAUUGGUUAGGCCUCCAGGUCACCAUGCUCAGCCUACUCAAGCUGAUGGGUACUGCUUCCUUAACAAUGCCGGACUUUCUGUUCAAUUGGCAUUAGGUUCUGGGUGUCAAAAGGUUGUGGUCAUUGACAUUGACGUUCAUUAUGGAAAUGGAACAGCAGAGGGGUUUUACAAGUCAAACAAUGUUCUCACCAUCUCUCUCCACAUGAAUCAUGGCUCCUGGGGUCUGUCUCAUCCCCAGAGUGGAUCUGUUGAUGAGCUUGGUGAAGAAAAAGGAUUUGGAUUUAAUAUGAAUAUACCUCUACCUAAUGGCACUGGUGAUAGGGGAUAUGCGCAUGCCAUGACAGAGCUGGUCGUUCCAGCUGUUCAAAAGUUUGGGGCUGAUAUGUUAGUUUUGGUUAUUGGCCAAGAUUCAAGUGCUUUUGAUCCAAAUGGAAGGCAAUGCUUGACAAUGGAGGGUUAUCGAGAGAUCGGACGGAUAGUUCGUAGCUUGGCAGCAAGACAAAGUGGUGGCCGCGUUCUUAUUGUCCAAGAAGGUGGAUAUCAUGUUACAUAUUCAGCUUAUUGUCUUCAUGCAACGCUUGAAGGAGUGCUCAAUCUACCACUUCCUCUGUUGUCUGAUCCCAUAGCUUAUUACCCAGAGGAUGAAGCCUUUGCUGUAAAAGUAAUCGAAUGCAUUAAACAGCACUAUAAAGACACUUUGCCAUUCUUUAAAGGGGGCUUAAUCUAGAGAUAUUUGCUUUACGUUCUGUGCUUAUAACUCGUCUUCCAGUUGUAAAUCUGUAUACAACCGUAUCGAAAGAACAACUACAAAGAUAAUUAUUUAUGUUUGUUGAUUUAACAAUAAUUAUGUAAUUAUGUACUGAUUUUAAAUUC